UCUUUUUCCCAUUAUGUUCACGUGCCUGGCCUGAGCCAGCCAGUCAGCUUGGCCAGCCUCCCAGCCCACCCGAGUACUAGCAGGGUGAGAAGGCAGCAGCUGCCGACUGGGGGCUGAAGGAAGAGAGAGCUGGCUUGAGCUGUGCAGGGACCUGAAGGAACUGGGAAACAGCCAACUGCAGAGAUGAAAGAAGAGGCUGGACGUACGCUACACAAUGAGAAUUCAAACCAGGAGGGACACAUCUGGGGCUCCAUGAGGGGGACGGCUUUCAUCCUGGGCUCCAGCCUUCUCUUGUUGAUGGUCCACUAGAACUGCAUCAUAGGGUAUCUUCAGAGAUUUUGGGGUGCUUCCUGCUACUUUUGGCAAGCCCAGUGGGAGAGGCUGCUGUCUACAUUUGAAGGGAAGGAGUGGCUCCUCUACAUUCUAGGUGUCACCCAAGUGCCUCUUCUGGUCUACCGGACCUUCAGUGGACUUCUCCUGGUGGUGGACGUGACUGGAAAGCCUAACUUCAUCUCCCGCUACCGAAUUCAUAUCGACAGCAAUGACUGUGUUAGGUGUUGCUGCAGCUUCUGCAGGCUGGAGCACAGAGAGCAGGGGCUGAAGCUGCGACCUCCAAACUCUGCUAGCCAGCCCUGGACAGAGCAUGGACAGUGCGAGCCCAGCGCUUAUGUAAAAGGCUCCCCCAGAUUAGAAAGUUGUCUCUACAGUUUCCAGUUCCUCUGUCUACUCUUAUUCCCCAUCAUUUCACACUAUGAAGAAUGGAAAACACAUAUACAGAAGGUGAAAAGACUCCUUCACCACCCAAAACUCUAUAAGAAAAUCCAUAAGAAACAUGAGUGGACAGUACCCAUUGCCAACCUAUCUGUCCACCCUAUUGAACAUGUGGUGACUCUCUCCUUGCACAUCAACAUGCUGCUGGCAAUACUGGGUCCAAUAGUAAUGGGCUCCCACGUGUCCUCCAUCACCAUGUGGAUUUCCUUGGCCUUCAUCUUCACCAUGAUCUCCCACUGUGGCUACCACCUACCUUUCCUGCCUUCACCUGAAUUCCAUGACUACCAUCAAAAGGUCGACCAGUGCUAUGCGGCUCUGGGGAUGCUGGACUACCUCCAUGGGACUGACACUGUGUUUAAGCAGACCAAGGCCUACAAGAGACACAUGAUCCUGCUGGGCUUCACCCCAGUCUCUGAGAGCAUCCCUGAUCCUCUGAAGAUGAUGGACUAA